CAAGUGUAUACGGGAAGAUGCUAUGGUGGGUCAGAUCAAACGGCCGGAAAAUUCUAAAAUCACGGUGCCGAUAUAUGACCCACAAUUUGUUUAUCCCUGUGACGGUCUGGACUCAGUUACUGAGUCGCCGACUCGACGACAACAUCAACCCCAGCGGCAAAUUCCUUCCUAUCUCUCUACACCCCCUCUCUCUCUCUCUAGCAUACUCAAAUCAGACGGCCUCUCUCGUCUUUUUUCCAACAUACCCAAAUCAGACCGUCCAUAUGUCUCCACUUCCCGGUCGUCUUCUUCGUUAGUUUGCAAUCUCCCGUAUAUAUAUAUAUAUAUAUAACUGUUUCAUGCUCUUUCUCUUUCUAGGGUUUCCAGAGACGCAAAACAGAAACCAAACAACACUAGUGUUCUCUCUCUGUACAUGCACAACGCCAAUGAUUUCUCCAUCUUCUGUAAUAUGUAUACAUUCAGGGUUUUGAUUGGGGUUUGUAUUAUACGGGUUGAGAAUUAAAUUCCGUAGAGUAAGGUCUGUUUGUUAUCAUUAUAGCUCUAAGGAUCCCAUAUUCAAUUCGGAUUUUUUCCCGCGUAGUAAGAAAAUGUGGAAUGAUGAGAAUGAGCUGCAGAGGGGAAACUCAGCUGCUGAUGAUGAUGAAUUCGAUGAUUGUAGUUAUGGGGCAGGAUCAGAUGGAUAUUACUUGUUGGAAUUGGGAGAAACUGGGGAAGAGUUUUGUCAAGUCGGGGAUCAUACUUGUAGCAUUCCUUUCGAGUUGUAUGAUCUUUCAGGUUUGAGCAAUGUGUUGUCUGUGGAUGUGUGGAAUGAUUGUUUGACUGAGGAAGAGCAAUUUCAGCUCACAGAGUACCUUCCAGAUAUGGACCAAGAGAUGUUUAUGAUGACAUUAAAAGAACUUUUUGAAGGUUAUAAUUUUCAUUUUGGGAGUCCCAUUAAUAAGCUAUUUGAAAUGUUGAAGGGAGGGCUGUGCGAACCAAGAGUUGCUCUAUAUCGGCAGGGUUUGAAUGUCUUUCAAAAUCGCCAACACUAUCACCUUCUGCGUAAGCAUCAGGACAGUAUGGUCACUAACUUUUAUGAGAUGAGGGAUGCUUGGAUUAAUUGCAGAGGAUACAGUAUUGAUGAGAAGCUUCGUGUACUCAAUAUAUUGAAGAGUCAAAAGAAUUUAAUGAAUGAAAAUAUGGAGGAGUUGGAGACUCAAGUCUAUGAAAGAGAGGAAUCAGGGGAAGGCGUGUGGAGUGAAAAGCUGAAGGAUUGGCAAUUUAAGCAGAAAAUGGGUCAUCGUUCUGCAUAUGGGGCGAGUCCAUCUCUAGAGUUUCCUUCCCAGGGGAGGGUCACGGCCUUGGAACAGGCAAAAUUUGGAAUGCAGAAUCCAAAAGGAACACUAAAGUUGACCAGAUCAAAGACAUCUUCAAAGAAAGAAUUAGUAGGUCGCUUGCCUUCUGUUCAUCAUAAUUUGGAAAUGAAGUCAGGGCGCUAUAGUUCAGCUUUGGCUCAUCCUCAAAAGAAUAAGGUAGGAUGGUAUGAUUCAGGGUCAGCAGUCCGUGUGAUGGAUCAGAUGAGAGAUGAUGCUGAAGAAGCAAUGUACGAAGUAGCUAAGCAGAAUUAUCAGAAUUUUUCACGAAUUAGUGCAGUGGAUAAAACUGGUGUUUCUAAAUUGGGAAAAAAGUAUGAAACUUUGAAAGGUGAUGAAUGCAGUGACAGUUUCAUGGGUUUGCCUAUGUAUUUGACGAAUGAUUUAAAUGCCUACGGUAGGAACAAGGCUGUGAAUCAAUUGUCAGAUAUUGAGGUCUCAACUGCGAAGCCUACAAGAAUUUCCCAUGGCUGUGGCAAAAAGGUAAAGUAUCCUGAGAAUGCUCAGCAAUUUGCAGUCGAAGAGCAGAUGAAGUAUGUGAAAGGCUGGGCUCCUGAUAUGUCACUGAAAAGAAAUCAAAUUGAGAUGUCAGAUGGAGCAGAACGUUUUUGGCAUGACAAAGCACAAGGAGAAGCUUUCCCCGUUUAUCCAUCAUUUCAGUGUAGUGAUUGGAAUAAUAGAAGUAAGAAGUGGAAGAGAGAGAAAGAGUCUCCUGGUAUCAAAGUUAAUAGUAGGUUGUUCUCUUCUGACUAUAGAGCAAGGCCAUCACAUGAGAAUGUCAAAACCAUGUCUGGGCAGAAUGGAGGGCAAAACAUGGCAGCCCUGAAAGGUGUCAGAACAUUUUCCAAAAGUGAGGAAACAGAGUCAGACUCAUCCGAACAACUUGAUGAAGAUGAGGAUGUCAAUCCUUCAAUGAGGAGCAAGUUGGCGUACCCCAACAGUGUCUUGGAAAGUCAUCAAUCCACAGAUCCUAGAAAGGCUAAAUUUUUUAAGAAAGAUAAGAAGGAUAGAGCUCAGUCUAAAGAUAAGAAGGAUAGAGCUCAGGCUCUUGAUGGAUUAUUUCACUCCUCCAGAAAGAUAGCUGAUCUUGAUGAACAUUUACAAUUACCCAAAGUAGAAAACUAUUCUUCAAAGGCAAAGCAGAAGCAUAAGAUGCAUUAUAGUGGUCACUUGCAUAAUUCUGCCGCUAAGUUGUGUGAAGACAGCUAUUUCAAUGAUUCAGUUAGGUUGAGUGGUGAUGAUGAUGGGAGACAACUUUACAAGUUGGGAAAGAAUGGCCAGUGGCAAGGGCAACACCGUGAAAAGUUCCACAUACCCUCACUAAAGGCAUACACUACAAAGAGAAGGCAGAGAGGGGAAGUUGAGCGUGGCGAUUUUGUCUCUCAAUCAAAUUGCUCGCGUGAUCACAUUGUUGAUGAGGAUGAUUCACUUGAAAUAGAUCAGUUGGCGGAGGAAGGUGGAGUUACUAGCAGACUGGGGAAGAAAGGACAAGUUACUGAAGCGUUUAUGAAUGAUCAUCGUGAAAGAUUUGAUGUCCCAAUAUUAGGAUGCAAUUCAGUGGCAAAGAAGCGGAAAGUGAAGGAGGAGGAUGUGACAUACAUGAGUGAAGGAGACGAUAGUGAUUACCAACAACUUGAUGAAACCACUUCCAUAAAGAAAUGGGAGAAAAGGAAAUUGGAGGAUGAUACUGUUUCCUUUGAAAUGGGAACUUCUGUGUUGCCUGUUACUGAAACAGGAGUGUCAGAUGUGGAAUUAGAAUUCAAACCACGGAAAAGGCCUUUUACUUUGAUUACACCUACAGUUCAUAAUGGCUUCUCAUUCUCCAUUAUACAUCUUCUUUCAGCAGUUCGCAUGGCAAUGAUUUCUUUGCUUCCAGAAGAUUCUUCAGAGGUUGGCAAGCAUCUUGAUAAGAAUGAUGGAAGAGUGAGACUCAAGGAGGAGCAAGAUAGAAAGCUGGAAAGCAACAAUGGGGUCCAUUUGCAUGAGAACUUAGAUAUAAAUAACUCGGACCAUUCUGGGCAACGGGAUGUUCCUUUUCUUACUGUUCUGGAAAUUGUCAAUCGUGUGAGAUCAAACCCUGGGGAUCCUUGUAUCCUUGAAACUCAAGAACCACUUCAGGAUUUGGUCAGAGGAGUUCUGAAAAUAUUUUCAUCCAAAUUGGCACCAUUAGGAGCAAAAUCGUGGAAGGCACUUGUAUUCUAUGAAAAAUCCACAAAGAGUUGGUCUUGGAUUGGUCCAGUUUCUAACAGUUUAUCAGAUCAUGAGGCCUUUGAGGAGGUGACAUCUCCUGAAGCAUGGGGUCUUCCUCACAAGAUGCUUGUGAAGUUAGUCGACUCAUUUGCUAAUUGGCUGAAAAGUGAUCAAAAGACGCUUCAACAAAUAGGAAGUCUUCCUUCCCCGCCUUUGACACUGAUGCAAUUUAAUUUGGAUGAGAAAGAGAGGUUCAGGGACCUAAGAGCUCAGAGGAGUCUCACAACCAUCAACCGGAGCUCUGAAGAAGUAAGAGCUUAUUUCCGUAAAGAGGAAGUUCUUAGGUAUUCAAUUCCUGACAGGGCCUUCUCCUACACAGCUGUUGAUGGUAGGAAAUCCAUCGUUGCUCCCUUGAGAAGGUGUGGUGGUAAACUGACAUCGAAAGCCAGAGACCAUUUUAUACUGAAACAUGAUCGGCCACCUCAUGUUACAAUUCUUGGUCUCGUGAGAGAUGCAGCUGCAAGAUUGCCUGGAAGCAUCGGUACCAGAGCUGAUGUUUGUACUUUGUUUAGAGACUCGCAAUAUAUCGUGGAAGAUGUAUCCGACGCAAAACUUAAUCAAGUCAUUAGUGGAGCCUUGGACCGUUUGCAUUAUGAACGCGAUCCUUGUGUACAAUAUGAUGGGGAAAGAAAAUUGUGGGUUUAUCUACAUAGAGAAAGAGAAGAAGAAGAUUUCGAGGAUGAUGGGACUUCAUCUACGAAGAAAUCGAAGAAGAGGCAAACGAAAGGAGCUGCUGAGCCAUUUGACCAGGGAGCACUGACUGUCGCUUAUCAUGGGGAAGAGUAAUAAACUGGUUUUAUUUGCACCAGCAAUAUCAGAACAUCACUAUAUUUCUUCUCAUCCCCGCACUCUUUUCUCCUCCUGUUAAUAUUUUUACAUUCUGCAAUAUUAGAACAUUACUGUGAGCUACUUGUGUGAUAUAAUGAUAUAUGUAGACUUUUUGAAUGGUAUUUUUUUUUUUUUUU